AUGAAUGUUCAGCCGGACAAGAGUUUCGUCUACAAGCUGAACAUGGAGACACCGAAAGAUGACGACAAUCUUUGUCUAUAUAAACAUGCGAGGCAGGACCUCAACUUGAUAGAAAAGAGAGCACUCUUUCAAUCCACGAAGUUCGACACCCGUAUGUCAGUACACAAGUUGCACCCUCGUUUCCAACACCUGGCCUCCAUUAUGGGGCAUGUAUCUAGUAAAUAUUUCAGAGAAACAGCAGGCGAGGAGUGCCACGAAUCGCCCAUCCACGUCAAUCGUCUCAUGCGAGCUAUUUGCAUUGGUGCCGGUGCUUCAGGUCUCUUGUUGGCCUAUAAAUUGCUGAAGUGCUUCACGGACUACGUCUUGGACAAAUACGAAAAGAAUCCUGAUAUUAGCGGAACUUAG